AUGAGUAACGAAUCACUUAGCGAAGGAGAACUUACCAAAAUACCCAAACGAGAAGAAUUAUUAAAAGCUUUAGGAAUAAAUAUCUUAAGAGGUCAUCCAAACUCUCUUGCAAGUAAUAUCACAAUACCAGAGCUAGAGAAUUGCCAUAAAUAUAAUGAAGGAACGGCAUCAGCUGAAGUUCAGGACAUAGAUAUGUCAGAGGCAGUGGAAGAUGAAGGUAAAGAAACCUCUAAUCUAACGGGGGCAGUAAGUAAGUUAUCCGUAGAUGGUGGUAAAGCUAUCCCACAAAGUGAAACAAAAUUCAUGGAACCUGAUAAAGUACAAGGUUUAAUAAAAGAACUAUCUAUGCCAAGUGAGCUGAUUGAUGAUAAUGAUAGAGAAAAUAAGAGCAAGGAAUCAAAGCCAAAAACUUUACUUCAAUUAUACUAUAAUGCAAGCCGGGCAGAAAAACAAAGAGUCAAAGAAAUUAAAAGUGAUAAUAGUAGAUUCAAUGAUCAACAAGCUAAAGAGUUAGUAUAUGGUGAAAUUGCAACCAAUCUUCUGGGCUUUACAAGAGAAAGUUUGC